AUGGCGGGAAACGAUUGGAUAAACAGUUACUUGGAGGCGAUACUGGAUGUCGGACCUGGACUUGACGAUGCUAAAUCCUCGCUGCUCCUCCGUGAGAGAGGCCGUUUUAGUCCGACUCGCUAUUUCGUCGAUAACGUUAUCGGCUUUGAUGAAACCGAUCUCCAUCGCUCUUGGGUUAAGGCAAGUUUUUUCUUUUUCGUUUUUCAGUUGAUCGAUACAUACACGCUACUUGUUUUUGUAUCUGUAUAUGUCGAUGCAAAAAAUCAAUCAAAUCACGGGGUGGCACAAGCGACGAGGAGUCCUCAAGAGAGGAACACUAGGCUUGAGAAUAUGUGUUGGAGGAUCUGGAAUUUGGCUCGACAGAAAAACAGCUUGAGAGCGAGGUAG